AUGCCCCGGUUCGAGUCUUCUAGGAAGACAGUCUUUUUGAUGGAUCGAGUGGCCGAGACUCCGAGUCCGGUCCGGACUCCAUUUUUUUUUUCUCACGGCAUGAGAAUCCUGACCGCCUCAGGCCAGCAGCCCGACCGAAUCACCCCAGAAUCCAUAAUCUCAGGGUCUUUCAGCACCCUGAGACAAUGUACUGGCGUCAGCGCGCUGACGGCCGACCGCUUGCCCGCCGGGCAGAUAUGCGUCGGUUUAGCAGGGUCGGGGCUGGUCGGUUUGCCCGGCAAACACCUCGCCGGGGUGCGGUCGAGCUGCAGUGGUGGUGUACAUAUUUAA